CGCACUGGCUUUCGCGUCGCGCUUGAGAAGCGUCUCCGUCUUCCACGAGUGUGUUGGUGCAGGUGUCCGGGGGGAGGAUGAGGAAGAGGAUGAUGAUGAGGAUGAGGAUGCCAUAAGAAAGGCGGGCAGGGGCAAGAAUGAAGGGAGACGCCGGAAAGAGAAAGAGAGAGAGAAAGUGAGUGAGAGAGAGAGAGAAAGAGAGCGAGAGAGAGAAAACGGGAAUAUGAUAUGAAUAACGGGAAAACGGUGCGGUGCGCAGAAAUCGACUAUGUGCAAAAUAUUGAAAGGGCCACGCUGAGCUGUUAUUUCUGGUCGGCGACAGUACUAUGAUUUGGUAUGUGGCCACUUUGAUAGCAAGCGUUUUCAGCACCCGGGGAACGACAGCUCAAGGUGUCCACGGCGUGAGAGAGGAGCCCCAGUUUGUGACGGCCCGUGCAGGAGAGAGCGUAGUUCUGGGAUGUGAUGUGAGCCACCCCCUCAACGGCCAACAGACCCCCUAUGUGGUGGAGUGGUUCAAGUUCGGUGUGCCUAUCCCUUUUUUCAUCAACUUCCGCUUCUAUCCUCCUCAUGUGGAUCCGGAGUAUGCUGGUAGGACGAGCCUACAUGGCAAGGCGUCUCUGCAGAUCGAUCAGGUGCGCUCGGAGGACCAGGGCUGGUACGAGUGCAGGGUUCUCAUGCUGGAACAACAGUACGACACCUUCCACAACGGCAGCUGGGUCCAUCUCACAGUCAACGCGCCCCCUACAUUCAUGGAUGUGCCACCGCAGUAUGUGGAAGCCAGGGAGGGAGGCAGCAUCACACUGAGCUGCACAGCCUUCGGCAACCCCAAGCCUGUGGUCACCUGGCUGCGAGAGGGCGAGCAGCUAGCCACCAACAAAAAAUACACGGUGAGUGAUGGCAGUUUGACAGUGCAGGCCAUCGCACGGGAGGACAGAGGAGCGUACAGCUGCCGUGCUCACAGUGACCAGGGAGAAGCACUUCACACCACACGCCUGCUCGUGCAAGGUCCUCCAUAUAUUGUGGCACCCCCUGAAAACAUCACCGUAAACAUUUCUCAGAACGCGCUCUUCACCUGCCAAGCAGAGGCGUAUCCCGGCAACCUGACAUAUACCUGGUUUUGGGAGGAGGACAAUGUCUACUUCAAGAACGACCUGAAGCUCAGAGUGCGCAUCCUGAUCGACGGCACCCUCAUUAUCUACCGCGUGAAACCAGAGGAUGCUGGGAAAUACACCUGUAGCCCCAGUAACAGCCUGGGCAUCUCGCCCUCUGCCUCGGCCUAUCUGACGGUGCAGUACCCUGCCCGUGUUCUCAACAUGCCACCGGUCAUCUACGUCCCAAGAAAGUUGCCAGGAAUCAUACGCUGCCCAGUCGACGCCAACCCGCCUGUUAUAUCUGUGAGAUGGGAAAAAGAUGGAUAUCCUCUAAGAGUUGAGAAGUACCCUGGCUGGAGCCAAAUGCCAGAUGGAAGCAUUCGGGUGGCAGAGGUCACUGAAGACUCCCUUGGCACCUACACCUGUGUGCCUUACAAUGCUCUAGGUACCAUGGGACAAUCCCCUCCGGCCACUCUGGUGCUAAAGGACCCCCCUUACUUUAACGUGAGGCCUGGUGGGGAAUACCGUCAGGAGGCCGGCAGAGAGCUUGUCAUCCCUUGUGCUGCUUCUGGAGACCCUGAGAUUCCAACCAUAACCUGGAGAAAGGUAGGAAAGCCAAGUAGAAGCAAGCACAACAUCUUACCCAGUGGCAGCUUACAGUUUGUGUCUCUGAGCAAAGAGGAUCAUGGGGAAUGGGAAUGCGUCGCUACCAACGUCGUCACAAGCAUCACUGCCAGCACAAGACUUUUUGUAAUAGGCACUAGUCCCCACGCGCCAGCCAAUGUCCGCGUCUCGGUGUCCACAACCUCAGCUAACGUCUCCUGGGAACCCGGAUAUGACGGUGGCUUUGAGCAGACCUUUUCGGUCUGGUAUGGCCCUGUGAAGAAGAAGACAGAUCUGGGUCCUCAUGAUUGGCUGUCCAUUCCUGUGCCCAGCACUCAGACCUGGUUGGUGGUGCAGGGCUUGGAACCAAAGACAGCAUAUCAGUUCAGUGUGCUGGCCCAGAACAAGCUGGGCACAGGCCCGUUCAGUGAGGUAGUCACUGUGAAUACAGUAGUGUACCCUAUAAGUACUCCGGAACCACUGGUGCUUCUUACCCCACCGCGGUGCCUCACAGCUAACCGGACACAGCAGGGUGUACUGUUGACAUGGCUUCCUCCAGCCAACCACACUUCACCCAUAGAUCGUUACAUUGUUGAGUUUCGCCUAGGAGAGAGGUGGGAAGUGCUCGACGACCUAAUUCCAGCAGAUGAAACUGAGAUCAUGGCUAGAGACCUCAUUCCGGACUCAUGGUAUGAAUUCCGUGCCCUUGCAGUCAUGGAUGAUCUCAUUAGUGAAAGCAGUAAUGUAGUGGGAGUGUCAAGCACAGACCCCUUCCCUCCCACAGAGAUCUCUGACGAGGGGCUGGCAAGGCCAGUGGUGGCUGGGAUCGUGGCUACAAUUUGCUUCCUAGCUGCUGCCAUACUUUUUAGCACGCUAGCCGCGUGCUUUGUGAACAAGCAGCACCGCCGCAAACUCAAGCGUAAGCGAGAUCCUCCAUUGUCAAUAACUCACACCAGGAAAAGUAUAGAGUCUCCGCCUCCUCUUACCCCUUUGCCUGGCAUUGAGCCCUACUGGGAAGAGCCAGACAGGAGCAGCUACAGGCCCCCAUCCACCAGUCCUCAGCUGUCCUCUGGAAAAAUCAGUCCAGAGAGCAUUGCUUCUUCCCGUCCACCGUCUCUGGCCAGUGUGGGCACACCUGGCCUCUAUGUCAAAAAGCUGCCAAGCCCACGGAAGGAGAAGGAGCUCUCGCUGUACAAGCGAACCAAGCGAGCAAUAACGGGCAAGAAGUACAGCGUGUCGAAACAUGAGGCCGAGGUCACCACUCCCAUCGAGCUGAUCAGCCGCGGGCCGGAUGGCCGCUUCGUCAUGGAGCCAUCGGACACAGACACAUCACUGAAGCCACGUCGCAUUGAGGGCUUCCCCUUCGUGGAGGAGUCAGACCUGUACCCUGAGUUCAGACAGUCAGAUGAAGAGAAUGAUGAACCUGGGCCCCUUCCCCCAGUUAUGGCCACGCUCAGGCCGCAGAUUUCGCCUGUGUCCUCAAGCCAGGAGUCCUACAUGGUGCAGCCCCCGGCCUACAGCCCUCGCUUCCACAGGCCUAUGGAAGGUACGAGCAUCUUGGAGGGUAGCGGGCUUCAGGCCACAGGGCAGAGCCGAGUGUCCCACUUUCACAGAGUCUUUCCUCCGGGCCCUUUCUAUGGCUAUGUAGGUAGUGGAGCCGAGCUGGAGCUGCAUCCUCCUUUCUACGCAGCCGAUGUGAGCCCACGCAGCUCAGCCAUGUCCUCCUCCUCACCACCGUGCCCCACCGAGGGGUCCUUCCACCAUCCCACCAUUGCUUCUGGCCACACCCUUCCACUGGCACAUGGCCCACCCUCCUCUCGCUCUACUGACACUUGGCGCCCUCCUGACUUCCCCUUUCUAGGUCAGGAGGGUGCCUGUGUCGUUUUGCCACCACACCCUCCUCCCCCCCAUCUCCGCCGAGACGUGCCCGAGCCGCCACCGUACCCGUCGCGUAGCCACGCCCCCUCCAGCUCGGCGUUCCUGCGGCUGGAGGCGCUCCCUUCUCAGGGCCUAGCGAGCACACAUGCAGCUAUGCAACAGGCCCAAAUCGUGGGGCAGUUGAGACACACUGCUCACGGGAUGGGCGUACCAGUGUUGCCUUACCCAGGCCGAGCAGGGAGCCCCAGCACGCUACGCAGCGAGAGCUCGGACGAGCCGUGGCUGAGCCCGAGGGCGGCACGCCGCCUGGAACUGGGCCCGCAGCAGGUGGUACUGCAGCCAUCACGCCUCUCACCCCUCACUCAGACACCUCCUAGCUCCCGAGCCGGCUCGCCCGACAUCCUGGUGCGUCCGCCACCGCGGCCGGGCGUCCUUCGCUCCUCACGUUCACAGGAGAUGCCCGAGAGCAUGCGCCACAUCACCUUCUCCCGGAGGUCCCUGUCCUCUUCCCCUGCCACCUCUCCCACCCUGGGCUCAGGCUCCAUCCGCCUGCCUGGCCUGGGAUAUGGUGCCCAUGUGGCCUUUGCCACUGCAGCAGCCAGCUACCCGUCACAGUCCCCCUCGCCCCCGGCGGAGAGCAGCGAUGCUUUUGGUCAGCUGCCAUCUCAAAGGAGGACAGAUGAAGAGAUGCUGCCCUCAGAGCCCUCACCAGGGGAGCCUGUAGGUGCAGUGAGCGUGCCUGCAGGGUCUGAGAGCCUCGAAACACUGUUUUAUCAUUUUAUGAAAAAAAACAAGAAAGUUGCUGCCAACAACAACAACAACUCCAUGUCCAAGAAAAGAACAGAUGUGUCUACCUCUCAGACCCGGCAGCAAUUUGCAUCUCAGGCACCACAGCAUCAACAAAAGAUCUGCUCUCCCACCAGGAAGCGGCGGGAAAAACUACCCCGAACAUCCCCUUACCCCCUCUUAUGUUCCAUGCUGCGCUGGUCUUGCCCCAAAGAAGACCGGAAAGCCCUUUUGGCCAGUCUGAACUCCAAAACUCCCCCAAACUAUGGCGCUCUGCCUUGACACCGGUGGGAGAAUCGCAUCCUGAUCCAUUAAUUACACCAGUAGAUAUGCAGUCAGUAUUGAAUUUGAUUGACCUAAAGAUUUAGUCACCUUCUCCUUUGGCACAAUAUUAUCUAUACACACGUGUCUUCUGAAAUUUAAUAAGGUGCCCAAGUAGAAGAAGAAGAAGUGACAGAGGACAGAAAAAUACAAUAUCCCAUGAUUUAUCCAAAAAAAAAACAAAAAAAACAACAUUUUUUUUCUAGAGAUUACACUCAAGUAUGAAUUAUUGUGUAUAUUGUAAAACCGUAAGUCCCUCAGAAUAUCUAAUUAACACAGGGUUUAUCCUUUAUCCUCCUACAGAAUAUACCUCAGUAAAAACAAAAAUAAUUUUGGCACAUACUUAUUUACAGCACUUAUACCAUCAUUUGUGCAAAGCUAGCAUUAUUUUCUAACAAGUUCAACGGCCUCCAUUGCCAGUAAUAUGUUACGAUUAUUUGUUCGAGUAAGAAGGCAUAGAUCCAGAGUGUGCUAAAUUGCUGUUCUUAUUUUUUUUAUUAUUAUUAUUAUUAUUAUUAUUAUUACUACGUUGACGAUCUAUCCAUCAGUUAAAUAACAAAUCAUCUGAUGAUGCAAAGCACAGACGAUCACAGAACUUAACCGUAAAGUCAGAACGAAGUCUUUGGAUCAUAAUGCAAUACUGAUCUGCUGCUAUAUCUGGAUCUGUCAUCGUAAACCUUUCCGAGGGGUCUCUUAUGUGCUCUCUUGUACUAAAUUUAUCCGCAUUUAGCCCAGUUUUUCUUCAAGCGCAAUGUAAAUCCAUAUAUUUUUUUUUUUAUUUGUUGUCUACUCUUGAAACAGACAAUUAGUGCUAUUUUUUAAUACACUUACUAGUCAGUGUGGGGACUGGACAUAGCAUACGAAACAUACUUUUGUACUUUUGGGGUAAAAUAAAUAAAUAAAUAAAUAAAUGUAUAGUUACAGUGAACAAAACAAAACAAAACAAACAAAAAAAACUUUGGCAUGUUAAAGGUGACAUUAACACUAGACUGCUAGAAUUUGUUUCUUUUUUCCUCUUAAGAUAUUUAAAAGACUGCCUUUUUUCCAGAGGGAUUUCGAGCGACUUCAUGUUCACGCCUCAGAUUCUCUUUUGUACGCGAGAGAUCGUUGGGGAAAUGCAUUCAGUUCAAAGAAAAGACCUACUAAUAUAUCAUGGUAAAAUAUUACGUUUUUCCUCGAUGUCUACUCAGAGUCCAAAAUCUCACAAGGUCUCAAAGUAUCGAAGUAUUGUAACCGUUGUACUUUGGCGACCCUUCGCACAAAUGUCCGUAGAAGUCGUGAAAUGCAUUGUUAGUGUACUGUUGAACUGUUUUAAUCAGUUUGAUAGAGAUAUCAAGUAUUAACACAUAGAAUAUAUUAUAUGUACACCAAGGCAGUACUGUAAAGUAGAUAUCGUGCUGAGAAAAACCAAGACAACAUAUACCAAUGAGAACUAACACGGACCCUAGUCAAGGGCAGGUUCUCUAGAUCGCUUUAUACUUAACAAAGUGAACUACUUAAAGUAGCUUGUCCACUUUUUGUUAGGGGGGACAAAAAAAAAAGAAAAAGAAAAAGAAGAAGCAUGGAUUAUCCUCAUCUUUGGUUUUAUUUUACGAUCCAUUUGUAAAUCUUCAUGAGGUACAAAGCUGAAGGUGUGUGUCGUUAGCGAACUGUUUCUAAAACCCGUAAAAGAAAAGAACGAAACAAAAAAAAAAAGAAUAAACGCUUUAUUAUGUCUAGAGCUCACUAAUAUCCGCUGACUUACUACAUGCAUCGAGAUGAAACAUUAGCAUGUGUCGGAUCAGUUUAGUUCUAACCGAUGAUGAAUGUAUGGUUUGGCUUGAAGAGUGGAUGUUUUUUAAAGCUUGCUUUACUUUAUUUUAAUGCGAAAAACCCGGUUGUUAAACUCUUGGACUUGUCAAAAAUGAUCUCUUCUCCCUAAUCUUUUACUAACACGUCCAAUCCAGCAUGUCUGUGAACAUGGAGGGGGUAAACCACUUUGCUUUUGCUAUAAUCUGCACACACCCUGUGUAGAGAUACCGAUACUCUCAGAUACUCAAGAUGAAGAAAUACGUUGGACUGAAUGGAAGAAAAUGGGAACUGCUUUUCCUUUUCCAGCACAUCACUUGGCUGAUGGACUUGUACAAGUCUGUGUUUGCUUGUGGCGUAGUCCCCCCCCCCCUUCUCAUACAUUAUAUGUAUCAGUAUGUAAAGCUGCUUUUCAUGUUUUAGUAUAUCGGGUGUCAUUGUAGGACACCCAUUUAGUGGCCUUUAGCUGUCCAGUGAAGCUAAGGACCGUAUUUUCUUUCUUUCUUUCUUUUCGCCAAACAUUUGUUUUUUGUUUUUUGUUUGAGAGAUCCUACAAACAAACAACAACAACAAAAAAAAAAACCAACCACAUGUUUACAUUACUCAGAGAUACAGCGCGAGGACGUGGCACAUCAUCCUCAUUUUGACUUGGUGCUAUGUCUUUUUGAACUCUUGUGGUGCUGUGUUCCACAUGUUAACACAACAACUCAUGUACAGUCCUCUUCGCGCCGCCGCCGUUCCUCUCUCGUCAAGGUCUUUUAGUGAGUAGGGUCGUAAGCAAUAAUAACAUACUAACAAGACAGCACGCGCAUCCUCAUUCUGUCUCACUGCAGAAAGUUCGAAAGGUAAAAAAAAGAAAAAGGCAUGCUUAGCACGAUUCACCCAGUGUUGCCAGACUGGGCGGGUUUCCCCACAAUUGGGCUCCUUUUGGUCACGAAGAAAUGCAUUGGGAUGGUUGAUAAAAAAUUUGGGCUGGUUUUGAUGCAACUGGCGUUUUUUUUUUUAUUUUGGACUAUAAACAUGAUAUUUUCUUAAUUUUCUAUUCUUUACAAUGAAGUGUAAUAUGUAAUUAAAUGGUUUUUAGUUUAAUUAAUUUUUAGUUUUUGUUUUAUUUUUAAUUUUAAAAAUAAGUUUUUAGUUUUUAAUUAAUUGAAUGGUUCAGCCAAUAAGGUCCAAUCAGACUUCACCCGGUCGUUGUACUCGUUAAGCCACAAAGUUUUAUUAACUGUUUGUUAUUGUAUUAGUUCUCACAGUAUGGUAUUUUUUAUUUUUUUAUUUUUUGUGGAAAUGGGCGGGUUUUAAGCUGUAGUUGGGCUGGAAAUCUUCAGCCCAAUCUGGCAACCCUGGAUUCACCUCCAGUAACAGGUUUGGUCUCUGAUGUGAUGGAAGAAAUUUGCUUACUAGAUCAAAGACGUAACCAGGGUAUAGUUAAAUUAAUAAUAAUAAUAAUAAAAAGUCCCGUCGAGCAUGGACAGAACCUAGCAAUGAAAUCGAUUCACACACACACACACACAGUCUGGAGAAUUCGAUCAAAUGCAGUAUUUGUUUAAACGGUGAUUUUUUUUUAGUUCGACCUGUCAGAUCCAGAUGACUAUUUCUUCAGACGAGGCUCGAUUUUUAGUUUCUCCAGUACGUGCAUGGAGACCUGAGCUAAUGCAUCUCUCUUGUAGAAUAUAACUAAUGCUGUAUAUGUAGACAAGCCCCACCCCUUUUCUUUUUGCUUGUUAGGAAACAAUAGGGCUCAUGCACAUGAAUCUGUCAUAUCGCCUCUUAGAUUCGCCUGUACUUAAUUGCUUAGUGUGCUUUUUUUUUUCUUCUUCUUCUUCUUUUUAAUCGACUAUGAUUAUUUUUUACAGUGUGAAACUUUUUUUAUUUUUUAUUUUUUAUGUUGUAUCGUGAAACUACUAAUUUCACAUUUGUCGGCUUUCGUCCGUUCCGGUUCGUUUCGACGUGUGUCCUGCUCAUGGCUUUCUUCAUGUUUACCAGCACUAAGAAUCUAGAAUGUAUUUACAACAUUAUGCACUAAUUUAUGACUGUUUUAAGAUUAAACCUCAUACGUUUAGAGCUCAUGCUAAUUGGAAGCAUAAUUCUUCUGUUUCUUUAUUAUUAUUAUUAUUAUUAUUAUUAUUUGAUUUUGUGUUGUGUAUUGGAUUUUUCUUUCAUGUAGACAGAUUCUGGGCUGACUUUUUGUCUUCUUUUUCUCCCGCCUCGAAUGCAGUGUGUUACCGAGACUGUUCACGUGUUGCAAAAACACCAAUAAUAGACCAUUGUUUUGUUUUUUUUAAAAAAAAAACACGUUUUCAUUUUAUUCCAGUCGAACAAUUUCAUUCAAGUGUCAUUGGUAGGUCUGAUUUCUUUCAGGUAUUAUUCUUAAACAGUAUGGUGCUGUACCAAAGCCUUAUGUAAAAUAUUGUUCUACUGUAUCGUUUCACUCUUCUGCCACUGCUGUUAAGACAAGUGAACAUUCUCCAAGACAAUUGGGACAUGUUGCUAGCCAAACUGACUGACACCACUAUAAUGCAGUGUGCCUCAAAUUCCUCGUCCUUGAAUAAUACAGCUCAGUAUAGCCAGGGAAUUUUUGGAAGGUAGGAAGGAAAGAAAGAAAGAGAAAGAAAACAUUUUUUUCACACGCCCAGUAAAACAGUAAGAUUUGGUGCCUGGUGUGUCUUCUUCAUGUCUGCUGCUAGGAAUAAAUGUUAAUGGUGUCUCAUAUCUGUAUAACAUUAUCAUGUUGUGUGUCUCCACGGUUUUACUCCUUUGGACAUUUUGGAGAGCGGAAUUUGAUCUGACCCAAAGGGAAAUCUCCCAGUAUUAUAUCUCUCUAUUCCCUCCUCGAGAUCAUGCAGCCGUGAUCUUCCAAGCUGAAACAUGUUAUAUAUAUAUAUAUAUAUAUAUAUAUAUAUAUAUAUAUAUAUAUAUAUAUAUAUAUAUAUAUCUAACGUAGAAAGCGUUUCCGAGUCGGAUUAGAAGUAGGCUGUUGUGUUUGAUAGCUGUCUCAGAUGGUCCAAUCGAGCUAAUACGAAGUGGAGCAGUUCAAAUAGCAUUGUUUACAUCACCAGAUGCCCAGAUAUGCACAUUUUAGCAGGUUAUGUUAAGUUGUCAUUUUCCGAUGCUUCGUUCCAUCUAAUAACUCUCUAAAAUUUUUGUAUUUUGAUAUAAUAAA